AUGGAUGCAGCCGAGGCAACAAAGGUUCGUCAAGCCAUCACCCAGCAUGGUCAGAUGCUUGGGCAACAGCGAGAGCAACUCAACCGUAUGUCAACAGCCAUCCAGGAGUUGUCUACUCAACCUCUACCACCUUCUCCUCAGCCCAUGCCUCCAAGGGAUGGUCCCAUGGUGAAGCCAGAGCGUUUUGACGGAAGCCCUGAUUCAUGUAGAGGUUUCAUGCUCCAAUGCUCGCUGUACAUGACUCAGAAUCCAACAAAUUUUCAUUCUGAGACCUCCAAGGAGUGGAGCGAGCCUCUGGCUCUUCUGGCCCAAGAGAGGGCAGUGUCCUGCUUCUCAGAUGCUGCCCUCCCAGAGCAGAGCCUGGGAGAGCACGUAGGCUGGAACGUCCAGCAGGCAGCGCAUGAGGAAGCCUCCUUCGCUGAGGUCAUCAAUGCCUGGUUCUUUGAAGGCCAGGACUACGUCUACCUGGAUGGCCAGUGCAGAGAGAAUAGUACCUGUCAACAUUACACACAGCUGGUGUGGGCCACCUCCAGACGCGUGGGCUGUGCUCAGCAUGUGUGCAGGUCGGGAGGCUCCCUGCUGGAAGUGUUUGUGUGCGCCUACUCCCCAGGGGGGAACUGGGAGGUGAACGGUAGGCCUGUGGUGCCCUAUAAGGCUGGAGUCUACUGCUCCCUCUGCACCUCGGACAUGUCAGGAUGCUUCAGGCUCUGGGACCAUGUUGGCGGGCUUUGUGAGAUUCCACAGAACCCAUGUCGGAUGAACUGCGGGCAGCACGGCCGUCUGAACGUCUCCUCCUGCCAGUGCCACUGCUUCCCUGGCUUCACCGGCCGUUUCUGCCAAGUGCGCUGCAGUGUUCGUUGUGUCCACGGCCGCUACAGAGAGGAGGAGUGCUCGUGCCAGUGUGAUGUGGGCUACGGUGGGGCUCAGUGCGCUGAAAAGCUGCAAUUCCCGUACCACAACUGUGACCUGCAGAUUGAUGGCGAAUGCUUCAUGGUGUCUUCCGAGGCAGAGACGUACUACACAGCCAAGCUGCAGUGCCAGGAGAGAGGGGGUGUUCUCGCUCAGAUCCACAAUCAGAAGGUGCAGGACAUCCUGGCCUACUACUUCGGCCAGCUGGAAACCACAAAUGAGGUGACAGACCCUGACUUUGAGACCAGGAACUUCUGGAUAGGACUUACGUACAAGACCCUGAAGGAUGCUUUUCGCUGGGACACUGGAGAGAGUCCUUCUUUCACCAGCUUUGCUUUUGGACAGCCUGAUAACCUAGGCUUUGGGAACUGCGUAGAGAUGCAGGCUGCCAGCGGCUUCAACUGGAAUGACCAGCGCUGCAAAACACGCAACAGAUACAUCUGCCAGUUUGCUCCGGAGCAUAUAGCGGUAUGGGAGAGAGGCCGGUGAUUGGGCCUGCAACUGCACAUAAGGAUCCUGAGGCAGAGGGAACAGAGAGAGAACGUGUGUGUGUGUGUGUUUUCUGAGAUGAGACAGCACCUCACUGUACUGAGUCCUCCUGUCUGCUCUGCACUGCACUGCACUUCACUUCCCCUCUGACAUCCUCUAAGGUUCGUGAUAAAGAGAUACUGGAGAGACCUACUCACCGCCCCAAACCACCACCUGUCCAACACCCACCCACUCUCCCACCUUCUUUUCUUUUUAGACUUGGCUUGGGGGACAGGUCCUACUUUUAAUUAUCUACAGCAGUGAGAGCGCUCACUCUCUCAUUCCCUCAU